AUGACCUCUUGGACCUGGGGGUUUCCGCCAGCUGGUCCAGUAACGUCUACAGAGUUUGCGACGCCUGGAGGAGAGUUCAUUGACGAUUUCCUUGAUAAACUGGAAACAGACGCAGUCCUUCGUGACUGGCUUGCGGAACCUGGCAGUGGAGGAGCAGUAACGACCCAGGAUCUUGACUAUCAAGAGUUGAGUUUAGCGAAUACCAUGGCGCAGGAAGCUGGCGAGCAAAGGCAUUUUGGAAUCAUUCCCGAUACCUCGAACAUCUUUCCCGAUCAUCCUAUCUCGAUGGACGAGGCGAAUAUGGAUAAUUUCGAGACCAUAGGAGACUUUGAUACUGCCGGGGUUCUGGAUGAGCUUGAGGCUAUGAGCUCAGGACAAUACGAUGUUACUGGCAUAACACAGGGUGGCAUUAUGGCUUCAGCACAGCCCAACAUGGCGUCGUUGCAUGCUACCCAGGCCAACAAAUUACCUGGAAAUUAUUACAGUUGUACCACUCCGAACAUGAUGGGGCCUGUCUCUGCUUCUCAACACAAUGCCAUGAAGCAAGCUGGAAGUGCAUUUCCGCAGCAAUAUGGAAGCAAUCACUACUUUCCUUAUGGCACUUCCACUGUGGAUAAUGGUUCAAUGGGCCCAUAUGUGUCUACAUCUAUUGAACAGCUGGCCGCCCCAUUUGCUAACAUAGCCGCCGGUCGAUUCAUUUCUACGCCCAUGGGUCAGAUAUCUACACCUCCGUCUCAACGAGCUGCUGGUGGCCUCGCCCAAGGGUUUGUAACACCCAUUAAUCAGAUCGAUAGACCUAAUGCGAACCGAUCCGAUACCACAUCUUCGGGCAACUCGCAAAGCCUGCACAAAUACAAAGUCGCCUCACCCUUGGCGGAGGGUGUUACGGAUGCUACUGGCCAUUUUAUCUCUCUCCCUGCAAGUGUGUGCCAGACUCAUCCUUCACAUCAGCAGAUGGAGGGCAACUUAGCCAGCGCGACCAAAUUAGAUGGCCAAUCGCCCGCAAACAACUCAUCGGCGUCUGGAUCUGGACCGGAAACAAACUCGAGCCCGCCUAUCUACCUCCCAGGCCAACUUGGGACAGUUGACGGUCUUGGUCAGGUGGGUGGCUCUAGCAGUAGCAGUUCAUCUGCUAUGAAUGCUAUAUCCCCUCGUGUUAAGACUGCUUCCACUGCGGUGCAUGGUAUGAAUCAAGGCACCGUUGAAGGAAAUUCAAGCUCAUCGGUCUCGAAUUCGCCAGUCCCGGCUCUGGCCGACCAUACUACUCUGCAUGCGACUGCUAUGAAUUCACCGGCAUCAAUCUCCCGGCCUAGCUUUGUUCCUGACAUCGUGAAGCUCAUGGACCCUACAGCGUACAACAUCGAUAUCGAAACCAAGUACUCUUCCGUGACAGAAGCUAGAGAAGCAAAUCGGGCCUCGUCUGGUCUUCAGGGAAAUGACAUUCUUCCGACGACAGACCUCCAGAAGAAGGCGAUUGUUAAGGCCCUCACCAACGCGAUGCUGAGCACCGAAAACGCCGAGGAUAACCCCGGAAUGGUAAAGCCAUUCAAAGAAGGCAAAUUUGGCUCCGAGAGGGUUGAGGCUGUCUGUUGGGAGCUUUUAGAAAGUGUCAUUGUCAGGCAUACCUCGGGCUCGUUGUUGGCAUCUUACGGGAUUAAGCGCAAGGGCACUGGCGAGUCAAUGUCCUUCUACGAGCGCAUAACCAGAAUCCUGCAGUGCCUAUCAACGCAAAAGACGAUAUGCAAACACCUCUUGGACCCCCUCUACAUGCAUCAGUUUGUCGACGAUCCCGUUUCCGCUUAUAAGCGCGUCAUCGCAAACAAGACCUUGAAUAAACGCAAAGGGGAAGUUAUGAAUGCUGGGAAGCAGGUCCUCGGGGCCAAGAAGACCAACGCACCUACCACGAACAGCCAGGGAGUCAAGAUCGAGGAACCUAAUGCCGGUGUUGCUAUGACGCCCACGAACACUCCUGGAAGCGUCACGACCAACGGAAGAAAUAUCCCCGCAACACCCACAGGAGCCAUGCGACACCCAUCCGCGAAUGUCACUCCCCAACGAGGCAAUCAUAUGUUCCCUGUGGCGAUGGGUGCAGGUACGCUCGCCCAACUCAGUCAAGCCCGGGUAUCGCCCUCGCUUGGAAGAAUGGCCACUACACGCGCGCACACGAAUCGCAUGAUGGGCCCAACAUCGCACCCAAGACAAAGCGUUGGCUUCGUUCCCAUGACACCGCUUUCUGGGCCCCCAUCAGCUCACGUUAAACCGCUGGACACUCUGUACAAUCCGGAGCAGGUGCUUGGGACUCUCAUGCAACGCAAUAUCACAAACCCCAAUACCAACCCCAAUGCCAACCCCAGCAUGAACCCGGGCAGGACUCCCGGCAUGAACGCAAACACGAACACCAACUUGGUGCACGCAAGCAUGAUGAAUCCCAAUGCCCAAAUCAGACAGCUGCAGCAAGCAGCAGUCGCUGCAAAAGGAGCUCGCAAAAGGACAUUGUCCGAUACUGACUUCGAAGGCCAAGGUUCCUCAGCUAAACGGCAGCAUUAA